AUGCUCCUCCCUCCUCUCCCCCUUGCAGCGCUCUGCCUGGUGCUGGGCUGUAUGAUCUUUCCCGACGGCUGGGAUGCAGAGACCAUACGGGACAUGUGCGGGGAGAAGACAGGGAAGUACUCCCUGGGUGACUGCUCCGUGCGCUGGGCUUACAUCCUGGCCAUCAUUGGCAUCCUCAACGCCCUCAUCCUUUCCUUCCUGGCCUUUGUCCUCGGCAACCGGCAGAAUGACCUGCUGCACGAGGAGCUCAAGACAGAGAGCAAAGAUUUUGUUGGCACUGCG